AUGAUCCAUUAUUCUUUCUCUAAAGAGAGUUUUAAAAUAAGUGACGAUGUGACGAGGAGCAGUAUCCACUAUUCAAAUUAUGAAUUUUCGUUGAUGAAGGAAUUUUCAAAGUUGCAUGAUCCGGCCAUCUUCAAGCAGAAAGCUCUAUCCGAAAGAUGCAGAGUAUUCUUUGAUUAUUUUGACAAGAAGGAUCCAGAGUGGAAACUUCGUACUUUUGAUGAUGCAACGUUUGAUAAAAACAUUGUACAUAAGGGUCUGUAUUUCAAAGAAGAAUUAGGCAAGUUAUACAAAAAUAAGAAGGAUGCAGCUAACCCACGACCAAAUGUUGUUACACGGAAGGAAAAUGCUACUAUUAAUAAUAUGUUCCUUAAGAGGUUAGAGGAAACCAAGAAAACUGAAAAUUUGAUGGCAGAUUCCACAACAUUAAUGCGGAUUUACGGUCAGUGUUUCAUAAAUGACACCAACGUUGACCAACAAGGGACGUUACAAGAAACUUUUAAUAAAUAUUCAAGAAAAAUGUUUCCAUUUUUCACUAAUAAAUUACCAGUAUUUGAAGGAUUGAAUGAUAGAAUAAUAGAAAAUGGCUUUCCGAACUUACAGAAUGGAUACGAUGAUAAUAAGCAUGAAUUUGAUGGUAAAAAUGUAAUAGAUUUUAUUAAGAAAUCGAGUAACGGGAAAGGAAUCGUCAUAUCUGCUUCUUCUUCGCACGUCAAGGAUUUAGUGAAAUUGAUUCAUUUAUUAAGAGCAAUGAAUAAUGAAUUUCCAAUUCAAAUCGUCUACAAAGGUGAUUUAAAUAAUCGAGCUAAAUCAAAUAUUAUUCAUGCUGCAACAGACGAAAUUCAAGACAUAAUUGACCCAAAGAAUAAAGCUAGUAAAAGUCCAAAUUCAAUUGAAGCUCUGAUAUUAAAUAAUGUUGAAAAGUAUGCAUCUAAGUUCCCCAAGCAAGAUAUAUGGUUUGUCAAUAUCAAAGAGACGAUUAAGAGAAACUACAAAUAUUCUUUUCCUGGAUAUGCAAAUAAGAUUUUGGCAUUAUUAUUUACAUCAUUUAAGGAAGUUGUUUUGAUGGAUGCCGAUACAAUUCCAUUAAUUUCGCUUCAAGAGUUUUUCGAAAUGCCCCAAUACAAAGACACAUCAACAAUGUUUUUCAGGGACAGAACUAUAAGAGAUAUAAAUGAUUAUCUCGAAACUAACUAUUUUACAAAAUUAUGUCCAACUAGUACAAAUUCAAUUGAUUCUUUAUUUGGUAUUAAUGCUAUAACAAAUCAUACUUUACUGAAUCCAUAUAUGACUGGAUAUAGACAUUACCAAGAGGCAGGGGUUGUAUUGAUUGAUAAAUCUAAACAUUUUCUAGGAAUACUAAUGAUGUUUCCGUUGUCAGUUUGGAAGGAACCAGUCAAAUCAUCUAUUUGGGGAGAAAAGGAAAUGUAUUGGCUAGGUAUGUCAAUAGCGGGUGAUGAAAAUUAUCGAUUCAAUGAGUACUCUGCUGCGAGUAUAGGAGAAAUUAUCACAAAUCCAAAACACAAACAUUAUCCGAAUUCUGAUGCAAAUGAAAUUUGUUCUAGCCACCCUGGCCAUGUAGACAAAGAUGGAAAGUUGUUAUGGAUAAAUUCAGGCUUUAAGUAUUGUAAGAAAAAUGCACAUUUUAGAGAUCGUAAUAAAUUUCCGUUCGAGACCUAUGCGGUUGAAGAAUUGGCCAAUUUAUAUGAUUCACCAUUGAAAAUAAAACAUGGCAUAGUACCACCUGACUUACCUGUAUUAAGACAACCAGGAAGUCCCAUUGAUUUGACAAAUGAAAAUUUGAUCAAGAACUACUGGAAAGGACAAACUAAAGAUAUGGACGAACUCAAUGAAGAAGAAUCAAACAAGAUUAAACAAAAAGAGAAAGGAAAUCCACAGAAGGGAUGGAAUAAAAACUCAAUUUGUUCUAGUUAUCAAUACUGUGCAUAUAGCAUAAUUGAUAGCUAUCCUCACAAUGAUGGCCUGGUAGAGAAGGGCCAUGUAUUUAAGUUUGACGAAGAUUUGAUUUCGAAGUACGAUUACUUAGGAAAAAUUUGGGUUAAUGGAAGAACAAAGUCUCUGGUUUAA